AUGCCAGCACCUCCUAGACCCCGCCGACUGCUGCGAAAUUCGAGGGCAUGUGAUUUUUGCCAUAAACGCCGGAUCAAAUGCCAGGAGAAUCUGCUAGACCCGAGUCGUUGUCAAAACUGUGUCGAAUUCGACAUCUCAUGCACCUAUCUCCGGCCCUUGAGGCGCGGCCGAGGCUCUCCAAAGAACGCGGCAGGACCAGGUGAUCGUCCAGAUGCUGGCCAAAAUAUCGCCAGCAACGCUCGACGGGUUCAUCCUGAAGAGCUUGUUGCACUUCCAUCUACUAGUCAACCACCUCAGGUGGGCGAUGACCAGCCUCUAGACUUGGCCGACGCAAGCAGUUCCGCUACAAGCGAGCGUCGGAGUGAGCCUCUGAGCCCAGCAUGGCAAGGCUUUGCCCGAACUUCCACCUCAGCCAUCAAGAAGCUGCUCUCUGUCUACCACAAGACCGUUUACCCAAUCUUUCCCUAUUUUGACCCCGUCAGGCUCGACCAGAGGCUUGAAAUGCUGGAACAUUGUCGCAGCCGUGCAUUCUUCUGUUCUGUGAUGGCGGCUUGCGCGCUGGCUUCAGCUCGAGUGAGGGACGGUGCGCCAAGUGGUGGCCAGGAUGUGGUGGGAAUAAUACCAGCACAAAUGUUCUUUGCCGCCGCAGAAGAAGCACUUCCCAAAGACCUUCUUCAAUCUCAGGACUUUGACUACCUUAGAGGCAUUGCGCUGUUGGCGCUCGCAAGCCUUCAAGACGCCAGGAUCGGAGCGAUGCAGAUGUACAUCGGCCACUAUUUCACCAUGCUUGCCAUCAACCAGUGGCACGACGAAUCCAACUGGCCGACUGGAUUACAUCCCACGGAGAGGGAAGAGCGUCGUAGAUUGUAUUGGUCGUUCUACACGCUCGAUAUCUACUCGUCCAUCGUCUGGGACGGCUGCAUCCAUUUUCAAGAAAGCCAUGCGAAAGUCGAGUAUCCUACUGGCAGGAACUGUAACGAAGCUGAAAGCGCGCCUUUGGAGAGAGCACAUUGGAUAGUCGGGUGGAACUUUACCACGGAUCUAUACCGUAUCUUGGAGCAUAACUUGAGCAGGUUGCGAACGCGGUCGUCAAGAUUCCACUUGGUGGCAGGGGAAUCUGUAUCGACUCCAACCCUCAACGUGUCCAGCCAGGAUCGUGUCAACGAGCUGUACUUGGCCUUGCCGCCCAUUUUCAAGCAACUCCAACCGGCUACUGGCGAUCCAGAUCAAGAUGUCUAUGGAUUUCAAGCCGCCAACAUCCAAGCGACCAUGGCUCUCCUGAAGAUGAUCUCCCUUUCUCUUGAGUCUGAUCCUGAUGCGGAAAGGAAGUGCUCCGUCGUAAGUGACAUAUUGGCGACUUUCCACCAAGUACCCAAACCACACCUGAGAGCAAUUAGCGCGCCUUUAAUAUACCACAUUGGCGGGAUCGGCACCAUUCUGGGGUCGGUUAUGGAAGGACCGCUAUCAGAAAGCUCAUGCUGCGUCGUACGGGACCUGCUCCUCUCCAUGGCCGUGCUGCUGGAAAGUCUGGAAGCUUGCCUUCACCGAAGUGGCGGCGCUGGACAGAGGCUUCGAAGUCUUGUUGCGCGCAUUGAAGAGUACAUAGUCUCCCGAGGUGGUGGGCGAGCCAUCCAAGCACAACAGGCCGCGGAUAUCCCUGCUUCCGCUUUUCGAGAGGGCACAUCGAACAACAAGAGUAGUAGUUGGGACGGAGCGGCACUCCCAGAUUUAUCGGGCCAAUUCCAACUUCCUGACGAGCUGCUGCAAGACUGGACUUGGCCGUUUGCCAUGUCAAACAGCUAUUUGUCUUUCUGAGCAUGUUCAUUGAAACGGCUUCCGGCAACAGGCAUGUAGUGGGUGUCAAGGGGGGGAAUACAAAGAUGCCUGACAACUAGAAGAUUUUUCUUAUUUUUUUUUUGUUUCCUAUUAACAUUUACCACUUAUUGUUAAACACUUUACC